UAUCGUAUUAUUAUUAUUUACCUCUUUACCAUCUGUGUCAAAAUUGCGUUCUUCUUCAAGUAAUCUACAUAGUUUCUUUCUGAUUUUAUUUCUAGAACCGUUCCAUAUUUGUCGCAUAGUUGAAAAUGGAGCAUACUCCCAAAACUCACGCUGAACUGGAAGUGACUGGUGUGUCCCGUAGUGGACGUGUGUGUAAAAAAUCAUCUAAGCUUAUGGACUUCCAGUCUCCGGACGACCUGAGUGACACAAAACAAAAGAAGACUCACAAGGUUAAAUCAACGAAUUCCGGAUCAGGUCUGGAAUAUUUAACGGAUGUAAUAAAAUCCGAACAGGACUCAGAUGCUGCUUUGGAUGAUGGUGAUAUGCUUUCUGAUUCUGAAGAUGAUGGAAGCGAUUCUAUGGAUUCGGACGAUGACGACGUUAUGGAUAUUGAGGAUAUGGAAGGGACGCAAGAGGAGGAUGAUAAAAGUGACAGUGAGCUUCUCAUAGAGCUAGCCCCGAAGCGAAGUUUGUAUAUGUCGGAGAAGUCUUCAAAAUUUAAAAAAAUGCUCAAGGAUGGAAAAGUUGUCACAGGAAAAACACAGAGAAAGGAUAAAGGAAAACGACGCUUUACUGCGUACAUGUUAUGGGCUAAGGAAGCGCGUAAGCAAAUGCUUGCCAAUCCAGAUCUUGAUUUCGGAUCAAUUUCCAAGCGUUUGGGAGAAAUGUGGGCCAAUGUCCCGAGUAAUCAAAAACAUAAUUGGAAGCGUCGCGCUAAAAGAAUAGCCAACAAAUUUAAGCAACAGGGUAACGAGAAAGCACUCGAUGCUCCAUUUGUCAAACGAUACUUGCACCUAGAGCAGUCGGUAUCUAGUCCACCGGCUGCCGUUGCCACUACAGGAACAUCGACUCCAGUAAGUUCUGGGUCCAAUGUUGCUAGUACUCGUGGGAAAAAAGUACAGCAGAAACUUAAUGUCAUCUCGGUCGAUUCUAAAUCAUUGGUUGUACCAAGUGCUCAUCUAUCUCCGGAGUCACCAUCGAAAGGAAGUGGCCAUGUUAAGCUUCCUGGUUGUCAACCUACUGAUGUAGCAGCUCAUUUAAAACUGUUAGGUGAUAGCCUUACUAUAAUCGGCGAGCGUCUCAAAGAACAUGAGGGGCAAAUUGCGGUAUCGGGAAGCCUUUCUGUUUUGCUCGAUAGUUUGCUGUGUUCGUUGGGACCGUUGAUGUGUUUGACAGUGCAUAUUCCUGGUUUACAAGCGGAUGCCGAACAUUUGAAGGAAGUAUUUCAAAACACCCUGGAUAACAUAGCGUAUGUAAUGCCCGGACUAUAAAUGUGCAAGUUUGGGAAAUAAAUAUUGGAAAUGUAAA